AGGCAUGGCUGACAUGUCGCACAAUUUUUGUUGUUGACGUUACCAAAUAUCACUUAAAUAUUGUUAAAUAUGAAAUAUUAAUACAUUCUUCGGUAAGAAGAAUGUAAAGAACGUUGUUUACAAAUUUAAUGUCGCAACUAAAUAGUGGCAUGCGUAAGUACUAUCAAGCCGCGUUGCUCGCGGUCGCUACUCUGAGUAUCAUAACCCUUCUUUUUUAUCGACAUGAAUACUACAAGUUACGAUAUGUCCUAGAAGUUUUUAAUUACUUUGGAAAGCCUGAGCUCAAAGAACAUAUCGAUAAUUGUACAGAGGGCAACAGAAGACCGGAAAAAGUUAGUUCAGAUUUCGAAGACCCGUUCGCAUCAUGGCAAAGACUCAACGAUGAUUUAUUCGUCUAUUCGUCUUAUGGUAAAAGUAAAAGUGAAGUUGUAACCAUCGGUUUCGGAAAAUUACAAAAUAAUUUAAAUUUCAACUGUGAUGUCUACCUGCACGAAGAGAGCCGGAUUGCACCUGGAAAGUUCUCUUACUCAAUUAUCAAAAACACAACGGACGAUAUCCAGAAUGACGAAUAUUGCGGAUAUCUCUUAAAAUGCGAGCACUUUGAGGAAGGAAAUCCCGCCGGUGUAGCGUAUUACCCAUCUUCAGAUGAUAAUAUCAAUAAAAAUAGCCUGAUUUUGUCGCUAAAGCAGUUACCACAACCUUUGAGUGUCGAUAGUUACGUUUUUUGUGUCGCACCGCCUGAAAAUCUAAUGAUAACUUUCCCAGAAAUGACGAAUUUCUUAAAUACUCACAAAUCGAUUGGUGUCGAUAAUUUUAUCGUUUACGAUUAUGGUAUCGCUAUAGCCUCAAAUAAGGCACUAAAAAGCAGUGAUAAAUAUGAUUAUACCAGAAUUCCGUGGAACUUUCCUUUCUUGAAAGCUCGUUCAGGAAUAAUCAAGGAAAUUAUAGAAUUAGACUGUCUUUACCGCACAUACAAUAAAGUAAUGUACGCUGCCGUUUUGUCCUGGGAAGAAAAAAUUGAACUCCAUUAUCAUUCUAGUCUACAUAAUUUAAUGUUUGAUUUUAAAAAGAACAAAAUGUAUGGACAACGUUUCAUGUUCAAAAGUUCAGUUGUUUGUACACCAAAAAAGGUUGGCAAGCAUAGAGUGAAUUCUACCAUUUCACGUAAAGAAAGAAAUCGACCCGUGUACAUUUUAAAAUCUGAUGAUGUUCUGCAUAAUGAGGUUUUUAAAACUAUGGAAGUUCUUCCUGAAUUGGUGGAUGUGAAGCGGUAUCAAGAAUGCGGAAGUGCCCAAGAAAUUGUAAAGCGGAAAGUUUCGAAUUAUAGGAAAAGUUUCAGGUUUUCGGGAGAUACAUGAAAAAGCAAG